CGAGCCGGUGACCGCGCCCCCCACGCACGCCCCCGGCCCGACGGCCGCGAUGACGCCGCGCCCCGCGCUGUUGCUGCCGCCGCUGCUGCUGCUGCUGCUGCCGCUGCUGCUGGGGGCCCCCCCGCCAGCCGCCGCCGCCAGAGGGCCCCCGUGGAUGGCAGACAAGGUGGUCUCCCGGCAGGUGGCCCGGCUGGGCCGCACUGUGCGGCUGCAGUGCCCGGUGGAAGGGGACCCGCCACCCCUGACCAUGUGGACCAAGGAUGGCCGCACCAUCCACAGCGGCUGGAGCCGCUUCCGCAUGCUGCCCCAGGGGCUGAAGGUGAAGGAGGUGGAGGCCGAGGACGCAGGCGUGUACGUGUGCAAGGCCACCAACGGCUUCGGCAGCCUCAGCCUCAACUACACGCUCGUCGUGCUGGAUGACGUGGGUCCAGAGAAGCAGAGCCCAGGCCUGGACGGCUCCUCAGGGGGCCCGGAGGAUCCAGCUGGUCAGCAGUGGGCACGGCCCCGCUUCACACAGCCCUCCAAGAUGAGGCGCCGGGUGAUUGCGCGGCCCGUGGGCAGCUCUGUGCGGCUCAAGUGCGUGGCCAGCGGCCAUCCACGGCCCGACAUCACGUGGACAAAGGACGAUCAGGCCUUGAUGCACGCGGAGGCUGGCGAGCACCGGAAGAAGAAGUGGACGCUGAGCCUGAAGAACCUGCGGCCCGAGGACAGCGGCAAAUACACCUGCCGCGUGUCGAACCGCGUGGGCGCCAUCAACGCCACCUAUAAGGUGGAUGUGAUCCAGCGCACCCGCUCCAAGCCCGUGCUGACGGGCACGCACCCCGUGAACACCACGGUGGACUUCGGCGGGACCACGUCGUUCCAGUGCAAGGUGCGCAGCGACGUGAAGCCGGUGAUCCAGUGGCUGAAGCGCGUGGAGUACGGCGCCGAGGGCCGCCACAACUCCACCAUCGACGUGGGCGGCCAGAAGUUCGUGGUGCUGCCCACGGGCGAGGUGUGGUCGCGGCCUGACGGCUCCUACCUCAACAAGCUGCUCAUCGCGCGCGCGCGCCAGGACGACGCAGGCAUGUACAUCUGUCUGGGCGCCAACACCAUGGGCUACAGCUUCCGCAGCGCCUUCCUCACCGUGCGGCCAGACCCCAAGCCGCCAGGGCCGCACGUGGCGCCCUCGGCCCCGGCCACAAGCCUGCCCUGGCCCGUGGUCAUCGGCAUCCCAGCGGGCGCCGUCUUCAUCCUGGGCACCGUGCUGCUGUGGCUGUGUCAGGCCAGGAAGAAGCCCUGUGCCCCUGGCCCCGUCCCCGGCCCGCGCCCGCCCGGCGCUGCCCGGGACCGCGGCGGGGACAAGGACCUGCCCGCGCUGGCCCCCCUGGGUGCAGCCCCUGCUGGGGGGCUGUGUGAGGACCUCGGGCCCCCAGCCGCCUCCCAGCACCUGCUGGGCUCAGGCCCGGCUGCGGGCCCCAAGCUGUACCCCAAGCUAUAUGCAGACGUGCACACACACACACACACCCACUGCCACACGCACGCCCACGUGGAGGGCAAGGUCCACUAUCAGUGCUAGGUGGCCUCUCGGCGCCAGGUGCUAUGGGCAGGUGUGUGGGUGCCAGGCCCAGCCCGGGGCGGGGCGGGGACCCUGGGGCACCCUGUGUGUGGCACCACA